GUGUGUGGAGGCAUGCCUGAGUGAUUCAUGCAUUAAUUUUAUACAAAAAUGCUUUAAUACUCAGUCACCCCACCUGUUCACCAGAGCGUAUCUCCCUAAAACCGGCGAAUCUAUUCAUCGUCCGUUUGUUUAUUCACAUACUCACAUUAGUAGUUGGAACUACAACACUUUGACCACAUUUCUCCGUGUCGUAUUACAUUUAUAGUGUUCCCUGUCCCUGUAGUGUCUUUUAACUGUUUAUAAUUUAAAAAUGUGCAAAAAUGAAACAAGUGCAAAGGUUCUUUUCGGAUGUUUCAAUACCAUAUUUUUUGCAUGUGGUUUUGUGGAAGUAAUAUGUGGAUUUCUAUUGCUAUGUGAUUCGAAAAGAAUAUUGCUAUCACGGUUACUGGCUGCUCCUGAUGAUGAUUUGCUGACGCAUCCACCGUUCUACUACUUGGCCCUCGGUCUACUGGCGGCUGGCCUGGCUAUGUGUGCUACAGGAGCGCUCGGCUGUUGGGCCACGUACAUGCCCAGUUAUUCUGUCCUGAGCAUUUAUUUUCUGGUGGUACUAGCAAUGUUGCUAUGUGAAUGCGCCGGCGGUGUUAUAGCUGCUAUCUGGCCACGAUGUCUAGGACUUCAAAGCACGCGAGGAGGUGCAGUCGGUGCCCUACAGACAUACUACGCACUACCCGACUUCGAACAUUUUACUGCCGCUGUAGAUCUCGCACAAACUGAGUUACAGUGCUGCGGUAUGACAGACGCCCGAAACUAUGACAUGUCGAUCUGGCAACUAAGACGCCUCGGGCCGCGGGGCAUGUCGGUCCCGCUCAGCUGUUGUGUACAAUACGAAGACAACGUGUCGUACCUCAACCCUGCGCCAGUAAACGCAUCACGAUGCCAAGAAGUACAAGCCAAUCCCACUUUUAGAUAUGUACCCGGUUGUCUUGGACCUCUAGAAGACUGGUACCAACAGCAAUACUUAAUACUUAUGCUUGGUCUAUUCAUCGUGGCGCUCUUCAAGCUGGGAGUUCUACUGAGCACUAUAUUCUCUUGCAUACGACUCAAAAAGCGCAGACAAAUACUGCAGGCUGCAUUCUCUAUGAGAUCGUUAGACAAUAACACGAACGAAAAUAUUUAUGAAUGUAAACUUAGCACAGUGCAUGAAGAACCAAUCACUGCUAAAUACAUCCAGCCGAAUAAUUUUUAUAGCCCAAGGUUACGGAACCCAAGAAUUUUCGAUAGUAAACCAAAUGAGGUCGUAUGAGAAUUAGCUACGGAGAUAAAUGCUUUAGAGAAGAAGUUGGAAAGGUUUUCAGAUUAUUUGUAUAAACAUCAAGCUGACUCUAUCAUGUGGUGAUCAGACCGUCAGCUCUGCCAACAGGACCUGCCCAGCUUUUUGCGUAAUAAAUGUAAGUUUUUGACUCUCAAAAAUAUUUGAAUACGAAACAUGUGCCAUAAAUCAAAUAUUCUUAUAACAUUUACUACUUAAUAAGAGCAAGGUCCGCACAAUUUGUAUUG